AUGGCAUCCGGGGAGGGAGCGCCGAGGGCUCUCUCUCCUACCAGCACCAUUAACGAUGACAGCUUUCCCCAGUUUCCGGGUCGAUCUGAGAUGGCUGGUCCCCCGAGUAUAAUUUCCUCGCGCAUGACCGAUAUCAUGACGGAUGACGGCGGAGACACAGAAGCGCACCGCGCGGCAGGCGGCAAGAGGAGGAGCGCUUUCUAUUCGGACCUCAGUUCUCGUCCAGGAACGGCGAGGACAGGAGCAUCUGGGAGACCUCCGUGGAGCUCAGGGACGCCUUUACGUCAGGGGCUGGCGGGAAAGCGUGGGAGCGGGACUGGAAGCAUCAGCAGCGCGACACAGGCAGUUCGACCACCCAGUUCAGCAACCAGAAGCCAUGUUCCGUCGUUGACAUCGCAUGCCUUCUUUCGCCCGAUGAGUUCGCAGAAAUUACAGGCGCAAAGAGGAUUCGCGAGACCGACGACGGUGAACCGGCAAUUUAUGUCCCAAGAGGACCCCCACAACCCGGCGCGCGACAGCCUGAACUCGGCUCCAGGCGCCAAGGUAGUGAGACAGUCCGCUGAUGAAGGGGACAUGCGGUCACCACCCUCAAGAGGAACGGAGUUUACCGAGCAGGAUAUGUACGAGAGGAGGACGGCCAACACGAGUCCGACAGGCCACCAUGCGACUUCGAGCUUUUCGGAUAGCGUCCGGCCGUUGCAGAGGAAGCCUGGUGAUGCUAGAAACCUUACCCUCGACAUGAGCAAAACCUACAACAAAGCUGGCGUAUCUAUCCCGACUCCUGUGCGAACACCUCGAUCUCUGCGGUCCAACUUUCUUAUGCCGAGAAACGAUUCUGGCCACAGCAACCGAGAAAUGCAGGGCGGCGAGAAGCUGGACUCGGUAGCUUCGUCACCCCAACUCCCACCCGCGAGCAGGGACGACAAGCACCCGUCGGAGGAGAAGACCAAGAAGGUGGGCCGCAACUAUCAGUAUUUCCAGGGCAACACAAUCUUCUUUUUUGGAGGCAGGUUACAAAACGCGAGAGAUAGACCGGUCAACAUUGCGACAGGGUCUUUGGUAGUCAUUCCUGGCAUCUUGUUUCUGAUAUUCUCGGCACCUUGGAUUUGGAACAAUAUUUCCCCAGCGAUACCCAUCACCUUCGCCUAUCUUUACUACCUCUGCGUGUCUUCUUUUUGCCAUGCAUCGGCCACGGAUCCCGGGGUAGGCCUAGUUUUUUCUGCCGAGAAGACAGCCGCUGCCAUGGAGGUGCCCUGCAAAUACUGCAAGACAUGCCAGAUGUGGCGUCCACCACGAGCCCACCAUUGCCGUCUCUGCGACAACUGCGUCGAGACCCAGGACCACCACUGUCUGUGGCUCAACAACUGUGUUGGCCGGCGCAACUACCGCUACUUCUUCACCUUCAUCCUUACCGCCACCUUGCUGGGCGUGUACCUGUCUGGUGCAUCGCUUGCACAGAUUCUGGUCUACCAGCACAAGCAGAAAAUCAGCUUCAAUGCGUCAAUUUCUCACUUCCGCGUGCCCUUCGCCAUGGUCAUCUACGGGUUCAUUGCCUUCCUGUACCCAGCCGCUUUGACGGGGUACCAUGUGUUCCUAAUGGCUAGGGGUGAGACGACCCGUGAGUACCUCAACUCUUCCAAGUUCAUCAAGGCGGAACGCUUCAGAGCCUACACCCAAGGAAGCUGGUUCAGGAACUGGUUUGUGGUGCUCUGCAGACCGAGGCCGCCAACGUACUAUCAGUUCAAGCAAUCGUGGUACGAGGGUGAUCAGAGGCUCGCACCGACGAAGAGGAUAAAGAAAGCUCGCAAGGCUGUUCCCGCUAACCCAGGGGCCGGCGUCGACUCGAAAGAGGGAAUGGAGAUGCAAGAUGUCAAGAACUCACCACAUCUUCAACAACAACAACAGCAAGGCUUUCAAGGGCCGAGACAACUGAGGUCUCAACACGACCUCGAGAGCGGACUCGCACAGCAACCACCAACAAACUAA